CACUCGUCAUGUCCACCGCUCUCACCACCACCACCUCAUCCUCCUCCUUCAUCACCUAGCUCCAUCUCCCUCUUGUCCUCCUCACAACCGACUAGCUCGACUAGCACCCUUACACCUCCCACUCAACACACUCACACUCAAUCACACUCUGUCUCACCCUCCCAUCAUCCCCCUCCCCAUUUCCGCUUCUCUUGUCCUGGCUCAUUCUUGCCUCCCCACGCAUCAUCAUACCUUGUCCAGCCCCCCGCUCAUCAUUCUCUUCAUCGCCGACGCAAACAACACAGCAUUCACAGCCAUUCAAUUUCAGUCACACAAUUAGCAUCCAACAUUCACCCCCGACUGCCGACCACAGCGCCGAGCGCCGCGCCCGGGCCCUUCCGCACAACCCCUCGCAUCCUUCCUCCCUCCCCACCACCCCACAGGCCACACAGACCCCAGCUCGUGCUCCAGUCAACAUAACACACGCCUUCCUCCCCAUCUCUCAACUCUCAACACUACACUCUUCAUCAUCAUUACUCCACUACUCCAACUCGCCAUGGCAAGCUCGGCGCCAUCUUGUCGCGCGCCCUCGGGCUUCCGCAAUCUGCCAAACCCAUACGCCCUCUUCACACCACGCCUCGUCUUCACCACUCUCGCACCCAAAGAUGCUGCGCUGGGACCAUAUGCCCACCCAACAACUGGCAAGCCCAUGCACCUCUUCUCCCGUGCGCGCCAUCCCCCAUUGUAGUGCUUGGCCGCCACUGACCACCAGUCGAUCAUGAUCUGUACUACACGCCAUUCAAGAACGACU